UUUUCUUUCUUCCAGAAGACAAAUAAAGAGGGAACAAAUUCGUGUUUCUCGUUCUUCGCCUUCUUUAAUACGUAUUUCUUUCGGUAAAAAAAAAAACGAAGUAGAAAAAUGUCUACAUCUUUGCCGCUCUCGUUUUGCAGGUUGAAGGGCACAUCCACGGCCACUAGGGCUCCAUUUCUCUCAUCACUCAAAUGUUCUUCUCUUCCUUCUUCCAUUUCUUUUUCUUUGAUUCCGUUUCAGCCGCUCCAGCUCUUUCGAUCUGCUUCGAAAACAUCAUCCAGGAGUUUCUCAUGCGUGUUUUUCUCCUCGAAAACUAAGGCAAUGGCUGAGCUCGUCCAAGAUAAGGAAGAAUCCGGUGUGCCCGACGCCGCUUGUAGUGGAGGCGGAAGGCUGCCGGAGGAGCAUUCCCGUACCUUUCUUGAAGCUCGCUCCGAGCAAGAACUCAUAUCUGGGAUUAGGAAGGAAGUAGAAGCGAAAAGACUACCCCCAAAUGUUGCAGCAGGAAUGGAAGAACUUUAUCAGAAUUAUAGAAAUGCGGUUUUCCAAAGUGGAGAUCCUGCAGCUGCUGAGAUUGUGCUGUCUAACAUGGCUGUUGCAUUUGACCGUGUACUUUUGGAAUUGGAGGAUCCUUUUGUCUUUGAACCCUACCACAAAGCAUUGCGAGAGCCAUUUGACUACUAUAUGUUUGGUCAAAAUUAUAUCCGGCCUUUGGUUGAUUUCAGAAAUUCAUACCUUGGCAAUCUUUAUUUCUUCAAUGAAAUAGAAGAAAAGCUUAAGCAGGGUCAUAAUGUUGUACUCAUAUCCAACCAUCAGUCUGAAGCUGACCCAGCCAUCAUUGCUUUGUUGCUUGAGAAAACAAAUCCGUUUAUUGCUGAGAACAUGAUCUAUGUUGCAGGGGAUAGAGUAAUAACAGAUCCUCUUUGUAAGCCUUUCAGCAUGGGAAGGAAUCUAAUAUGUGUGUACUCCAAAAAACACAUGUAUGAUGUUCCUGAGCAUGUUGAGAUGAAAAGAAGAGAAAACACAAGAAGUUUGAAAGAGAUGGCUUUGCUGCUAAGGGAUGGCUCUAAAAUAGUGUGGAUUGCACCAAGUGGUGGCAGGGACCGCCCAGAUUCCCUUACAGAAGAAUGUCAUCCAGAACCCUUUGAUUCUUCUUCAGUAGACAAUAUGAGAAGGCUCAUAAGACACUCAGGUGGAGCAGGGCAUAUAUAUCCCUUGGCUCUAUUGUGCUACGACAUCAUGCCCCCUCCACCCAAGGUUGAAAAGGAAAUUGGAGAAAAAAGAAUCAUUGCUUUUCAUGGGGUUGGAUUGUCAGUGGCGCAAAAAAUCUGCCCCCUGGAAACUGCUGCUGCUUGUAAAAAUUCUGAAGAGGCUAAAGGUGCAUACGCACAAGCACUGCAUAGAUCUGUGACUGAGCAAUACAAUGUCCUCAAACGCGCCAUACAUGGCAAACAAGGGUUAGAGGCAACAACCGCAGGUGUCUUUCUGUCGCAGCCACGGAUCUAGUCAAAACCUGGUAAUAGGUCAUUUUUCGAUGCUUUAAUUUUUGACUCGUUAACAAGAAAGGCAUCAGAUACGUAGGCAGAAGAAUGUCCUGCAAGAUGAACCAUGUUUGCUUAUUGAUACCCACAGUAGAGCACCUUUUAGGGGAGCUGAAUCCAUCGGAAACUGAAGCUAUUCCAAGAGUGUGCUUCAGGUUCGCUCUGUACAGGUCUUACUUCGUUGAGAGACUCAAACUUGUAGCCUAUAGCCAAUUCUUAACUGUGAAUAUGAUACAUUCAAAUUUGGUUCA